AUCGUCUUUCUUCUCCUCCAACUUUAAUGCGCCUGUAGCAAGCGUGGGAUUAUCUCAGUCUGCUAAUUAAACUGGACGAGCGGGUUGUUCCAUGUCAUUAUGAGAGGUCGCAAACCGGUGAUGGAAAAUUUCUUGUGCUCUCGUGUUCUCUUAUCUUUAAUGGGCAGUAGUGGUGAUCAGUAUAGAGAGUGCGGAAUGUAGAGCGAUCUCCCAAGUCAGAAGAACACUUGCGCGGAGAGAACAGGGCAUAAGUGUUUCAUGUUUGCAUGGGUCCUUUGGCCAUCUCCGUCAUGCUUUUGCAUCUCAUGUUCCUCUCUUCUGUAGGCUUAUCUGCAGCAUCCCAAAUGGAGACUCCCACCGCUGAAUCCACCAACGCCGAUCGCCUCUCCCUCCACUCCUUCAAGACCCUCCUCUCCGACCCAUCCGGAGCGUUGGCCUCCUGGGACAACGCCUCCGUCCAUUUCUGCCUGUGGCGAGGGGUGACGUGCCGCACCCACGGAGGUGAACCGAGGGUCACGGGCCUCAAGUUGGAGUCCCUCCAGUUGGAGGGUAAACUAUCUCCGUCCCUGGCUAACCUCACCUUCCUCAGGAGACUCCUCCUCGGUAACAACAGCCUUGAGGGUUCCAUCCCGCAGGAGCUCGGCUUUCUAUCCCACCUUCGGACUCUCAAUCUUAGCAACAAUCAACUGGGUGGGAUGAUUCCCACUUCUCCGUUCCUGCAGAAUUGUUCAAGACUGCGAAACUUCAGCCUGAGUCAUAACAACUUGGUUGGGACCAUCCCACGCAAUCUCAGCAACUGUUUGGAACUCCGACUCAUUGGUUUGGAUAACAACAAGCUCGAAGGAGAGAUCCCCGGUGAUAUUGGCUCCCUUCCAAAACUCCAGACACUCUUCGUCUCGCGCAAUCAACUCACAGGAAGCAUUCCUCCGGAGAUCGGGAAGCUUGCAAGCUUAACAGGACUUCACAUGGGUUUCAACAGCCUUGAGGGUUCCAUCCCGCAGGAGCUCGGCUUUCUAUCCCACCUUCGGACUCUCGAUCUUAGCAACAAUCAACUGGGUGGGAUGAUUCCCACUUCUCUGUUCCAGAACUGUUCAAGACUUCAAAUCUUCAACCUGAGUCAUAACAACAUGAGUGGCACAAUCCCACGCAAUCUCAGCAACUGUUUGGAACUCCGACUCAUUGGUUUGGAUAACAACAAGCUCGAAGGAGAGAUCCCCGGUGAUAUUGGCUCCCUUACGAAGCUAAAGGCGAUCGUCAUCUGGACCAAUCGCCUCACCGGAAGCAUUCCUCCGGAGAUUGGGAAUCUUCGAUUCCUAACAACACUUAUCUUGGGCGACAACCAUCUCAACGGCACUAUCCCAGCUACACUAGGCAACCUCUCCUCUCUUGGCUAUCUUGAUCUAUCAAAUAAUCGUCUUGCAGGAGCCAUCCCUAGUGCAAUAUGGAACCUCACCUCUCUCAAUCAACUUGUGCUGGUCGGUGAUUCACUCACAGGAGUCAUCCCAUCCGACAUCGGAAAUCUAGUCCGCCUUACGUAUCUUACUCUGUUUAAGAACCACCUGGUUGGCACCAUUCCCCCGACUUUGGGAUCGUUGAACAAAUUAGAGAUUUUGUUUCUCAGUGACAAUAAGUUCGAAGCAAGGAAUGCUGCCGGUUGGAGGUUUUUGGAUGCCUUGACCAACUGCAGCCACCUUAGAAUAUUGGAUAUAUCUGUCAAUCAACUAGGUGGCGUGUUGCCAAAAUCCAUAGCCAAUUUGUCUAAAACCCUUGAACUGCUACAUAUCCAACGCAACCAAAUAGCCGGAAACAUUCCUACGGAGAUUGGGAAUUUUAUGAACUUGACCGAAAUUGAUACGUCCUCCAACCUCCUCCAUGGUAUUAUUCCUACCACGCUGGGAGGCCUCCCGAGAUUACAACGACUAAACUUAAGCCGAAAUCAGCUUGCGAGAGAAAUCCCUGCAACCAUAGGCAAUCUUUCGAGCUUGGUUGAACUAGACUUAAGUGGAAACAAUUUCGUGGGAGAAAUCCCUGCAACCCUCGGCAACCUCAGUCAAUUAACCUCUCUUCUUCUGUCCUCCAAUGAACUGCGUGGAUCCAUACCUCCGAGUCUUGGAAAGUGCCCAUUGGAUACCUUGAACUUGGGAUUCAACAAGUUAAGCGGUGGGGUGCCAAAAGAGAUAUUUUACAUCCUCAGUCUCACCAAACUCUUCGAUAUUUCACACAAUUCAUUGACAGGAUCACUGCCGCCGGAAAUUGGGAACCUGAGGAACAUCGAAAUUGUGGAUGUCUCCAGCAAUAGAUUGUCCGGUGAAAUUCCCAGCACCAUUGCUCAAUGUCAAGUCCUGCAAUACCUUUACAUGCAAGGGAACCUUAUCCGUGGAUCCAUUCCUUCAUUUGGGCAGCUAAAGGGGCUUCGAGUGCUGGACAUUUCGAGAAAUAAUCUAUCGGGGCAUAUACCAGAUUUUCUUCGGAGCUUUAACAUGACUUAUCUUAAUCUCUCCUUCAAUGAUUUGGACGGUGAAGUGCCAAAAGAUGGGAUUUUCGGAAAUGCAAGUGCAUUCUCAGUAGUGGGGAACAGUAAACUCUGUGGGGGUAUUCCAGAACUCAGAUUGCCAUCAUGUACUUCCCAGAAGAAAUCUUCGUCCGCCAAGCUAAUUGCCAUCAGCUCGGUUGUCGGAGGAAUCUUGUUCGUCACCUUUCUAAUCUCUUUGUUGGUUGCUCGUCACCGAAUACGCAAGUCAAGCAGGCUUUCUUCUGUUACAUCAUGCAUCAGAGAGCAGCACAGGAAGGUCUCCUAUGCUGAGCUGCUCGGAGCAACAAAUGAAUUUUCGCCUGCUAAUCUGAUCGGCAUGGGAAGCUUCGGAUCUGUGUACAGAGGUAUCGUGGAUUGGGAAGACCACAAGGACGUGGCGGUGAAGGUACUCAACCUGCAGCAAAGAGGGGCUUCAAGAAGCUUCUUAGCUGAAUGCGAAGCUUUGAGGAACAUCAGGCAUCGCAAUCUCGUCAAGGUACUAACAUCGUGCUCAGGUGUUGAUUUCCGAGGGAAUGACUUCAAAGCUCUCGUGUUUGAGUUCCUACCAAAUGGAAGUCUGGACAAGUGGCUUCAUCCUCCUGAAAGAGAUGAACAGGGCUCGAUAAGAAUGCUAAGCCUUCUCCAGAGACUGAAUAUAUCGAUUGAUGUGGCUUCCGCGUUGGCUUAUCUUCAUCACCAUGUCCCAUCCCCUAUUGUUCAUUGUGAUCUUAAACCGAGCAAUGUUCUUCUGGAUCAUGACAUGGUUGCACGUGUGGGAGACUUCGGACUAGCGAGAAUUCUGAACAAGAUCAUGAGCAAGUCAUCCCAGAGGUCGACGAACUCGGCCACGUUGAAAGGGUCGAUCGGAUAUGCUGCUCCAGAGUAUGGGAUGGGCAACAAAGUUUCUAUCCAGGGGGACGUGUACAGUUAUGGAAUUCUGCUGCUGGAGAUGUUUACCGGAAGGCGACCGACCGAUGAUGGUUUCGAGGCUGGUCUGAAUCUUCAUCAAUACGUUGAGAUGGCUCUUCCAGAUCAAAUCGCCGAUAUAAUGGACCCAAACUUGUUCUUGGGAACCGGAGAAGGAAAAGUACACCCCGCAAAUCCGUCGGCAAAUAUGCCAAACAUAAGGGCAGUAGAGUGCGUGACUUCGGUGCUUAGAGUCGGCAUUUUGUGUUCCAAGGAAUCACCGAAAGAACGAAUGGACAUGGAAGAUGUCAUAAGGGAGCUUCACGACAUCAGGGACGCAUAUCUGGGAUUGCCUCUGCAGGAGUAGAGCUAUGACACGACAGGGUAGUGAGUUGAUGUACUGUUGCUUUUACCAAGUCAAGCUAAUAAGUUGUGUGGUGUGUCUGACCUGGAAUUUUCACUUUCGCAAGGUUUCCUGCGUGGCUUGUGUGCUUGGAAAUACCUUCCAUCCUAUUGUAGAGUUGUAGUAUUUUCUGUUAUUUUAGUGUUCUCAUUCCAAAUGCUUCAA